GGCCCUUAGCCUUUGGGACACAUCUCUUACUGCCAUGGAGUUCGACCUGGGAGCAGCCCUGGAGCCCACCUCCCAGAAGCCUGGUUUGGGGUUGGGCCAUGGGGGAGACCCCAAGCUCAGUCCCCACAAAGUUCAGGGCCAGUCGGAGGCAGGGGGAGGUCCGAGUUCAAAGCAAGGCCGCCACAGCUCUUCGGACUCCAGCAGCAGCUCCAGCGACUCGGACACGAAUGUGAAGUCCCAAGCUGCUGGCUCCAAGAAGCAGGAGAGCACCCCGGGCAAGGCCAAGAAGCCCAAAGUGAAGAAGAAGAAGGAGAAGGGCAAGAAGAAGGAGGCUCCCCACUGAAGGGGCCUGGGCAGGGCUCAUUAAACCUUCCUCUCUGCCUUC